AUGUCCAACAUCGCGUUCAAGAUUCGCCAGGCCGCUCCCGGAAUUGAUCAAGUAGUGGCCGAUUAUGCCAGCGGAUACUACAAUCACUUGUUGAAUGCCACUUACGACGCAGUUCAAAGCAAACAGCUCAUUUUGCCGCAAGAGGUCUCGUUUCUGCAAGAACUUUUGGAGAAUGCUGGUGGGAAAGAGGAUAAAGUAGAAGAGGUCUGCAAAGAAAUGCUCGAAAGACUGUCGCUGCAACUUGAAGAGAAUCAAGCCAAGCUUGAAGUCACUGGUGAUACAAGCAAAAGAUUGCUGGACGUUAACAUUUUGCAACAUCACAACAGUAAGGCCAAUAUCAAUACUUCGCUUGCAAUGCUGGGUGUCAACGGUGACAUAGAGCAUACAGGCCGCAACAUGGAUACCAGGGUGGAUUUGAAGAAAUUAGAAAAAGCAGAGAAGAAGAUCGCCAAAAAAGUGGCCAAGAGAAACAACAAGUUUGUCAAAUACGAGGCGUCUCGUCUGAUUAACCAGAGCAAGGAGGAUGACUACGAUUCCUUCUUCUUGGAAAUUAACCCUCUCGAAUUCGGUUCUGCCGCAGGUAAAUCCAAGGACAUCAAGAUUGAUACAUUCGACUUGUAUGUUGGUGACGGGCAAAGAAUAUUAUCGGAUGCACAGUUGACUUUGAGUUUUGGCCACAGAUAUGGUCUGGUAGGGCAGAAUGGUAUCGGUAAAUCCACUUUAUUGAGAGCGCUGUCGCAUAGAGAGCUCAAUGUUCCUAAGCAUAUUUCGAUCCUUCAUGUCGAACAAGAGCUUAGAGGAGACGAGACGAAGGCACUACAAAGUGUCCUGGAUGCCGACGUCUGGAGAAAACAACUCAUGACAGAAGAAACCAAGAUCAACGAGAGAUUACAGGAAAUAGAGAAGCUGCGCUCCGAAUUUGAUGAGGAUAGUCUCGAAAUAAAGAAAUUAGAGAACGAACGCGAGGAUUUAGACCAGCAUUUGGAACAAAUCUCGGAGAAACUAGUGGAUAUGGAAUCUGACAAAGCCGAAGCCAGGGCAGCUUCCAUUCUUUAUGGUCUGGGUUUCAGCGCAGAGGCGCAAGAACAACCCACAAACUCAUUUUCCGGUGGUUGGAGAAUGAGAUUGUCACUAGCAAGGGCAUUGUUCUGCCAACCUGAUCUCCUUCUGCUGGAUGAGCCUUCCAAUAUGUUGGAUGUUCCAUCUAUUGCAUACCUUUCUGAAUACCUAAAAUCGUACCCUUCAACCCUUUUGGUGGUCUCGCACGAUCGUUCUUUCUUGAACGAAGUUGCCACUGAUAUCAUCUACCAGCACAACGAGAGACUGGAUUACUACAGAGGUCAGGACUUCGACACAUUUUAUGCGACCAAAGAAGAGCGUCGCAAAAACGCUCAAAAGGAAUAUGAAAAUCAACUGGCGUAUAGAAAGCAUCUACAAGAGUUCAUUGACAAGUACAGGUACAAUGCAGCUAAAUCCCAGGAAGCCCAAUCAAGAAUCAAGAAACUUGAAAAACUACCCGUCUUGGAGCCUCCUGAGGAAGAAAAAAGCAUCACAUUCCACUUUCCCGAAUGUGAGAAGUUGUCCCCGCCAAUUAUACAGCUGCAGGAUGUCUCGUUCGGGUUUAGCGCUGACAAUUUGUUGUUGGAAGAUGUCAACUUGGAUGUUCAAAUGGAUUCAAGAGUUGCUCUAGUUGGUGCCAACGGUUGUGGUAAAACGACGUUGCUAAAGGUGCUUAUGGAACAGUUGCGCCCACUCGCAGGUCACGUCUCCAGAAACUCUCGUCUGCGUGUGGCUUACUUCACGCAACACCACGUGGAUUCCAUGGACUUGACAACAUCAGCAGUCGAUUGGAUGUCUACAACUUUCCCAGGCAAGACAGAUGAGGAAUACAGACGUCAUCUCGGUGCGUUUGGGAUCACAGGUUCGCUGGGAUUACAAAGAAUGCAGCUGUUAUCUGGUGGUCAGAAAUCGAGAGUUGCAUUCGCCGCGCUGUGCCUAAACAACCCUCAUAUCUUAAUUCUUGAUGAACCUUCUAACCAUUUGGAUACGUCCGGUUUAGAUGCGCUGAUGGACGCUUUGAGAAACUUUACUGGUGGUGUCUUGAUGGUUUCUCACGAUAUUUCAGUCAUCGACGGAGUUUGCAAUGAGAUCUGGGUAUCCGAAAACGGAACUGUGAGACGCUUUGACGGUACUAUCCACGACUAUAAGAAGUACAUUAUUUCGUCUGCCGGUAAAGCGGGCGUGGUAAAGAAACAUUGA